AUUUCCUCUUCCGGGAGCACGGGGCGACUUCCGGUUGUCAGAAUCUCUGGACGCAGAGGAGAAAGCGGUGGUGGUGGUGGUCGCAGCGGGUGGGCCUCCUCCGAUGCUUCAGGUGCCCUCCGGCACGUAGUGGCUCCCUCCUUCCUCCUCGAGCUCGAUGCAUCCUCGACGUCCGGACGGCUUCGAUGGCUUGGGCUACAAGGGCGGGGGCGGCAGCCGGGAGGAACCCGGGGGCAACAGUUUCUCCGCAAAGUCCUUCAGCUCCGCCUCCGACCUGAGCCACUGGGUGACCACUCCUCCCGACAUCCCCGGCAGCCGCAACCUGCACUGGGGGGAGAAGACUCCCCAUUAUGGCCCGGGAGCCUCCCCAGGCCCGCUCGGGGGGACCGGCGAGGAGCCCUACCCCGGCGGCGGCUGCAGCAGCGGGCCCGGGGCUAGUAGCGAACAGUUGAAUAGAUUUGCUGGAUUUGGUAUUGGACUUGCAAGUCUGUUUACAGAAAAUGUUUUGGCCCAUCCUUGCAUUGUUCUCCGUCGCCAGUGUCAGGUUAAUUAUCAUGCUCGACAUUAUCAUCUCACUCCAUUUACAGUCAUCAAUAUUAUGUACAGCUUCAACAAAACCCAGGGUCCAAGAGCCCUUUGGAAAGGAAUGGGAAGCACAUUUAUUGUUCAGGGCAUCACACUUGGGGCCGAAGGAAUUAUCAGCGAAUUCACACCUUUGCCAAGGGAACUUUCUCACAAGUGGAGUCCUAAACAAGUGGGGGAACACCUUCUACUUAAAGCCCUAACUUAUGUGGUGGCAAUGCCUUUUUAUUCAGCAAGCUUGAUUGAAACUGUUCAGAGUGAGAUCAUUCGGGAUAAUGCUGGAAUUUUGGAAUGUGUAAAAGAAGGGAUUGGCCGAGUGAUAGGCUUGGGAGUACCUCAUAGCAAGAGGUUGCUCCCACUUCUUGCCUUGACCUUUCCCACUGUUUUGCAUGGAGUUCUUCAUUAUAUCAUAAGUUCUAUCAUCCAGAAAUUUGUUCUACUGGUUCUGAAAAGGAAGAAUGCUCAUAGUCAUCCAUCUGAAAGCACCAGUCCUGUACAGAGUAUGUUGGAUGCUUAUUUUCCUGAACUGAUCGCAAGUUUUGCUGCCAGCCUCUGUUCUGAUGUUAUGCUUUACCCACUGGAAACAGUUUUGCACCGUCUUCAUAUUCAAGGAACACGUACUAUAAUUGACAAUACAGACCUUGGCUAUGAAGUGCUUCCAAUCAAUACUCAGUAUGAGGGAAUGAAAGACUGUAUCAAUACUAUAAAGCAAGAAGAAGGAAUGCUUGGUUUUUAUAAAGGGUUUGGAGCUAUCAUAGUACAAUAUACCCUGCAUGCAGCUGUUCUUCAGAUUACCAAAAUUAUUUACUCUACACUGCUUCAAAGUAAUGUUUAAAAUGGAAAUCCAAUACUCAUUAGUCCAGGAAACACAAUCUGGACUCUUUAACUACUAAUGAAAUUAUGAGAAAAGGAAUAUUGAAAAAAUGGUUAGGAAAAUGAAAUUGGUAAACAAAAGAGUCCAUGAUAACAGUUUUUAUUAUAAGAUAUAAGUACUUUAUUUUGGAUCAAAAAUAUUCUAAAUUCCCAAAUCACAUCAAAAUAAUAUAAGAUUAAAGUGGUGUUGCUGAACUCUUCUAUGCUGGAUUUAAAAAUAAUAUUCUGAACAGAAACACCUUUUUUUUUCUUGUAAUGUGAAAAGAUGUUGGUAUGUAGACUAUCUGGCCUCAAUAUUUAUUAUCUUGUUUAAGCAUCUAGAUUGAUAUUAGAAUGGCAUCUCAAAGAUAUCUGUUUGAAUUACACAAAGUCAGUUGAUUAUGUCUUAAUGAUAACAAUUGCAUUUAGUCAACCAUGAAAAGAUCAAAAGGGUUAUUAUACCUUGCAAAUUAUGAGCUGGAGCCUUGAGACUGUGUGUAAGUGUGUUGUGAAAGUAUAGUUAUAAAAUAUUAAUUAGUAAAGGCUGUAUGUGCAGACAUCUUGGUAUUUUCAAAACUUUCCUCAUCAUUCUCCAUAUUCAUCUUCCUAAUUUACCCUAUUGCAGGAUUAGCCAAAAAUGAAAUUAAUGGUGUACUUUCUACUUGGUAUCUCACUAACAUUGAAACAUACAGACUAUAGUCUCAAUCAUUUGGUAACAAUGAGGCAGAAUAAACUAAUUGGUUUUUCAAUGUCCACAUAGUGAAUCUGGUGUUAUCACUAAUUGUAUUUUGCCAGCAACUUAAUGCAGUUUUGAUUUUACUUAUAUAGCUGCUACACGAACUGUCAGGUACUAUUUUUAGAGCCAUUUUUCAGACAUUAUUUACACUUGAAGAUUUACAAAUUAUAAAAUAAUCAUGAGAACUGAUUAUCACUGGUGUCCAUAUUUACAAAUUGUGUUUUGAAAAGUCUCAAAAUAUUUUAUUUCAGAGCUACUUGAUCUUCAAGAAACAAAACCAGAAUUAAUGUAUUUAUUGCCCUUUGCCUUCCUUGUAGUCAUGUUCAAUUAAUUUCCUUUUAAAAAUUUAAUCUUGAGACUUAGCUUAAAACUUUUCAAAAUAUAAGUGUAUAAAGAGCAAAGCAAAGCUAUUUCCAUUUUUUAAAAAAUUUAAUCUUAUGUUUAAAUGAGUACUAAAAAAAACACCAUACCUGAAAAAGGGAAUUUGGUGUGGUAAUAGAUGUUUUCAUUUUUUCUUAAUCAUUUUCAUGGGAGAACACACUUUAACCAAAUGAGGUAAAAAAACAAAACAAAACUUGAAGGUAUCAGUUUAAAUAAGGACAAAGUUCUGCCUUUCUUCUGAAUUAGCUUUGGUGAGUAGGUUCUUUGUAAAGUAAAUUGAUAUGUAUUUAACUUAUUGGUCAUUAAGCAUUCUACAAUUUCUCACAUUAAUGAUCCAUAAUUUAAUUGGGAGUCAUUUAACACUUUGAAAUCCAUGAAUAGAAGAAAAUGGAAAUGUUCUUUUGUUAAAUAUCAAGAGAAUGAUGAUUUAUCAUUAUUUUGACUUUUGUAGUUAAAUUCACUGCAAGUUUAAUGGAAACACAUAAGACACAAUGUGUUGUAAUCAGAAAAUAAUGAUAUUCAAAUGGCCUAAAAAUUUUUUAAAAAUCAGGACUCUCUACUGUCUUGUAAGUUGUCCAUGUAAAAUGUGGUUUUUUUUUUUUAAAUAAAAUUGCUGAAGCAUA